UGCGCCGCUGCCGUUCGUACGGACCAUCGAGAAUAUUGAUUUCGUGUGUUGUGUGUAUUUGUCAUCCGCGUUUCGGGGCGAAGUGACGGAAAAAUAUCCGGAGAACGCGCGAAUAUCGUGCGAUUGUCGGCGAGGUUCCGCGUGCUUCUUGCGUUCGAAGAUAGAAGACUCUCCAGAGAAAUAACAGCUCCAAAAUAAUCUUUGGCGUUUUUUUUGUGAUGAUGGAUAUGAUAUAUAUAAACAGCAUUUGUUUUUUUGGUGCGGAAACAUCGUUGUUUGCAUGCAGGAGAAUGCAGAGCUUUUGUUGUCGAUGGGCAACAAGUCGGUCUUGUACGUCCAGAUGUUAUGAAAGAGAUAUUAAAUUAUCCCCAAAUAUUUCAAGUACAUCCCCAGUACGUGCAAUUAAAUCCAGCCUUUCGGGAUUAUGCCGAAAGGAGUGCACGUGUUGACGAAGUAUUGAGAGAAUGGAAGGCGGGUGGAAAAUUUGUGACACUGCGAGGCUGGAGGGAGGAAUGUUACGAAGUGCGCGCUCAGUUCAAUACGCUACCAUUGUUUAAGAUGGAUCGCUCGGCCACAUGUCUAUUUGGAAUUCGGAAGUAUGGAGUGGACAUAAACGGUUACGUAAUGGAUCCUGUCAAGGGCUUGUCAAUAUGGUUACAAAAGCGUAGUCCGAACAAGCAGACAUGGCCAGCGUACUGGGACAGUAUGGUGAGCGGCGGACUGAGCGUCGGUUACGGCAUAAACGAGACCGCGAUAAAGGAGGCCGGCGAGGAAGCCGGCAUUCCGAAUCAUCUGAUCGCCAAGCUCAAAAGCGCCGGCUGCGUGUCGUUCUUCUUCGAGAGCGAGAGGGGCCUCUUCCCGAACACGGAAUUCGUCUACGAUCUCGAACUGCCGCCCGACUUUGUACCGAACAACAGCGACGGGGAAGUGGAGACCUUCGAAUUGCUUCCCGUCAGUGAGUGCUUAGAGAGGAUACUUUCACCACACUUCAAGACCACAUCCGUACCGGUCGCCCUUGACUUCCUAAUUAGACACGGAUACAUCACAGCGGAGAACGAGCCUAACUUUAUACAGAUUGUGGAGUUGCUUCAUGUACCUCUGCAAACUAUGUACAAUCAUCGAGAAAAGAAUAGUAAUGGAAUAGCAGCGAAUGGCGAGGCGAUCGAGGGUCUAGAAAAGAUUUAACUUGUUUUCUAGGCUUCUAAUUUAUAUCGCGACUAAGGCUAUGAAUCUAAUGAAAUGAGGAAGGUUGUCCUUUUUUUCUCUCUCUCUCUCUCUCUGGACUUUAUUCUUUGGACUAUAAUUGAUAAAUUUUAUGUUGAACGACGCAAUAGUAUUCACGCUGUUACGAGAUUCGGGCGGGGAUAGCCUUGUAUAAAUUAUCGGAUCAAGGAUUGCAAACGUAUAUUUCUGUAUUGAUUUGGACGUUAAUUUCAGUAUUGUAUUAGCAUAUCUUGUAUCAACAACGGAAAAAAAGAGAUGUAAUAUGUAUUUCAUUUCUUGCGUUGAUUGUAACACGUCAAUACAUAGGCUCUUUGUAACAUGGAUCUUUCCUCUUUCGAAGGAAAAGGGGAAAGCUAUGAAUUUUUAAACACACUUUUUGUAUGAUGAACUACAAUUCUAUCUAUGAUAACGUGAUGAUUUGAAAGAUAGAACGAAAUUAGUAGAUUUUCUGAUAUAUUCUAGAGAUAAUUUCUUCCAUCUGUAUUUAUUGUAAUUGUUUUCCAUUUUCCGUAAACAGAUUGGAUUAUACGAACGUUAUAUUGCAGUAUCUUUCACAGUGUAAUCUGCCAUUAUUACGUUUAGCACAACAGGAUAUGCCAAUUAUAUUAAUAUACUGCUUGUGAACUGUCGCAUUGUAAUAAAAGCAAGUAACAUUCAACGAAAUUGACUUGUGACGUACAUUAAAGUCAAACCAAAAAAAGUAUUACGAGUUCAGCAUUCCAAGAGAUUAAGUUUAACGAUAUAAGAUUACGUUUACGAGACCCGAAAAGCAAAACGGUCUUUCGAUCGCGAUUAUUAUUAUUAUUAUGUUCGUAUUAAAACUUAUGACGCGGUAUUUGAAGUCACCAGCGCAAAGUUCUGAUAAUCUGCGUAAAAGCUAACAGUAAUUCGUUAUUCACAGUAUUGUUAAAGCGAAUACACAACGCACUUUCUUCAUCAAAAGUUUGCAAUCGAGUUUGGGAUCACUUACUGAAUAUGUGUUCAAUCGAGUUUUUAUUCGUCGAAGAUGUCGUUGAGCAUUCAGCAUUUCUACUUACUAAGCAUUUUUUUACUUAUCUUUUACUUAUUAGCGUUAAAGAUCGUGAAAGCAUUUAUAUUAUUUAUUGUAAGCAACGUGCUGGCAUUUUGCAAAAUUAAUUAAACAUGUUAAGUACUUCCAACAAUGAAAAUUCAGAAUAUCAUUUAUGUUAUUGGUACAUUGAUAAUCGUACAAGUGGGAAGCACAAACUCAAUAAUUGAUAAAAUAGUAUAUAUAUUUCUUUUUUUUAAUAAUAAAUAUUAAUUUUAAUUCUAAUAUUAAUUUCUAAUGUACAUAUAAAGAAUUGUGUUCUGACGAUAUUUGAGUAUAGAAAAUGUGUGUUUCGUCAUUAUUACAUUUGGAUAGAUACAUUAUAUUCUUAAGUGUAUAUACAGAGUAUUUAUUUAUGAUCCGCAUUUCUUACUUUGACAACGGCAGUUUAUCGAGUUGCAUAUUAUUGGUAUUAUAUAUAUAUAUAUUAUCGCUUUAUAUCGAUGCGUUGGUCGAUAGAUGCAUCGCUAUUUGUUAUUAACGCCACUCAUGUGAUAUAUUUUACAUCGCAUUUUUAAAAAAUUGUUAUAUACCUCGUAUAAAAAGCAAAUACUUAACUAAUAUAAAAUAAUCUGUUAAUAUUCUUGUUAAAUUCAUUAUUACAAACAUCGCAUUACAAGUAUGAGUGUGAAAUCUAAUAUCAUGUAUUUGUUAUAGUAUCAGUUACGGUAAAAAAAUAUAUAUAUAUAUCAAUCUCAUAAUAAAUUAUCGCAUUUAUAUGCACAAAAGGAUAAGCAAGCACUUAUACAUGGCGGAAACCGAAGGUUCACAAAUGAGUUGCGGAAGUCUAAGUUUCGAGCGCAGUAAGACUUUGUACGAUAGACUUUGAAGUAUUCCGUAGAAUAGCUGUAUACUUGAAUUUUUUUAAAGUAUAAUUUCGUACCACACAUACAUGCCGAUGAGAAUUGCGAAUAAUUGUAGAAUCAUUAAUUUAACAUAUUUUACAGUCAAGUCCUAAGAACUAACCGAACUGCGUGUAGUAGAUUUCAUAAGUUUAAUACUUUUGUAAUGACGAUAAUGUAACAAUAUACUAGUCACGCUCAUCUUUAUCACUCGCCUCUCUCUUCUAACAUUAAUCUGGUCGUCAGACACAGUGUUUGUGAUACAUUUACCUUGAGUGAGAUUCUGUUUCCUAUUAUGCUUCAGUUUUGUGAUAGGGAUGGAUAGGACUGGUUAUAUGUUUAUUGCAUGAAUUAAAAUAUAUAUAUAUCAUUUAAAAUUACAUGGCCACACGUUCAUGUUAAUCUAUGAUUUAAUUCUGAUGCAAUAAUAAGAAAUGCGCGUUUUUACGGUGCAAGUGUUUACGUGCCUGGAAUUAAUACCGAAUCUAAUUAAGUUAACUAAUUUAAUUGCAGUUGUUAUGUGAAGUGUAUUUGCAUGAUUUAUUCAUAUGACGUUUCUCAUAUAUGAAAGCUAUUGUAACUUUGAGUGAUGAUUAUUAUAUAAUAUGUGACUGUAUAUAAUGCUAAUUAAGUUUACUUGGUAUAUAUCACUUGGCUUUUGUAUUCCUUAUUGCAGCACAAAGCAUGUAUCGAUUGUAACAAGAAAUGCCAGAGAAAUCGCAAGCGGCCAGAUCGAAUUGACGUGAAAUCAAUUUUUCUAGAAUUGCUAUGUUUGCAUCAAUCAUCGCAUUACGCGGAUCGCAAUUUGAACGGACGGUUUCGUCUCUCAGAACAUUCUACAGAAAAGUGAAGCUUCCUUGCAGUAAGCACGACCGAUUGCUGAUAUUGAACAAAAUCCAGAAAGUCGGAGAACAUUUUUAUAUCUUUUAUUUUCAUUAUAAAUGUGCAGUACUGCUGGAUGAUAUCGAUUUGAUAUUUUCGGUUUCAUAUUUUGGCUCACUAAUAAAUAUAACAAAUUAAAAUUUUGAAAAAAAUAAAUAUUGAAAUUUCUCCGAUUAUAUAUGUCUAAUACAUGUUUAAUUUAAAUAACUCGGUCGUGCUUGAUAAAUUAAAAAAAUAAAAAACCAUGAUGAAAAAAAUGUGAACGUUUAUGUUCUCUCUGCAGUAUUGAUAUUUUUAAAAUAUUUUAAUAUAUUUAUUACAUAUUGCACAAAUUAUAAUGGUUUGGAAAGGUCAUAGAACGAUGUGGAUAUACUUAUAUAAUAAUUAUUAAAAUUAAUGUUUUUGCGCAAAAAGAUGAUUUUUUCAGUACAGAUAGUUCAAUCUGAAUAAUUCUAAUUCUAAAAUAGUAAUUUUUUAAAAAAUAUGUAUGUAUAUUACGAGAUGAUUUAUCUCCGAAACUGCACAUUUCGGAGCAGUGACAUUUAACCUACAUAUAAAGAUCUGAUAAAUCUUUUAUGUGCACUGCUUCACCCGUCUUUUUGCAGGCAAAACUUUUAUAAAAAUGUGAAUUCUUAUGUUCAAUUCAUUUAAUAUCGAAUAGAAAUUUCGAUGAUAGUAUCGAUUGCAUCGAUGUAACCAAAACUGUAAGAGGUGUGUGUAGUUAUAGGAUCAAAUUAUUGUACUUACAUAAACAAUGAGUAAUAUUUU